ACUUGAUGGCUAGUAAAAAUGCUCCAAAAAUAUAUAUAUAUACAUAUAUAUAUAUAUAUAUAUAUUAAGUGUGUUACUAUGUCUAUUUUCUAAACAAUCCUUUCUCGUUAUUGUAAAUUAAUGGAUCUUCUAUGCAACGCGUACUCCAAUGAUUCCGACGAAGACGAUGAUGAUGCCCCUAAACACCAAAUACUCAUCCAACCUUCUUCUAAGCGACCCAAAAUCGAAAUCCCAAUUACCCAGUCCCAACCCCACAAUCCAAUGACCCCAUUACCCUACUCCCCACUGGAUUCUCCGAUUCCCGGUAGAUACAUAUCCAAGCGAGAGCGAGCUAUCUUCGCCUCUCCCCCUGCGGCCCAUCACCCACCACACCCAGUUUCUAAUUCACCUGCUUUUGGGAGUAUUUUGGAUUCAAAUAUUCGUUAUGAUAUAUUGUCAUUGCUGAGGAAUAAGAGGAGUAGUGUACAACAACGAGGCCAAAUGUCUCAAAGGGUGUCUAUUGCUCUAUCUAGCCAUUCAAGAGCUGUUAAUGCUAUUCAUUGGUCACCAAAUCAUGCUCAUCUUCUUGCUUCUGCUGGGAUGGAUCACUCGAUAUGCAUAUGGAACCCAUGGAGCAGUGAUCAGAAGAUAGCGAGGAAGUUAAACGUUCACAGUGCAGCUGUGAAAGAUGUGAAAUGGUCUUUGCAGGGACUCUCUGUUCUUUCUUGUGGAUUCGAUUGCUCGUCAAGGUUGGUUGAUGUAGAGAAGGGAGUGGAGAUUCAGGUUUUUAAGGAAGAUCAAAUGGUUGGUGUUGUUAAGUUCCAUGAGGAAAAUUUUAAUCUCUUUCUCUCUGGAGGGUCACAAGGGCGCAUCAGGUUGUGGGAUAUAAGAAAUGGGAAGGCGGUUCAUGAAUUUGCUCGAGGUCACGAUCCUAUUCUUGAUGUUGAAUUCACCCGAAAUUGCAGACAAAUUAUAUCAUCUAGUGAUAUUUCAAGAAGCAAUGUUAGUGAAAAUUCAAUUGUAGUUUGGGAUGUUUCAAGACAAGUUCCUCUUUCUAAUCAGGUUUAUGUAGAAGCUUAUACCUGUCCCUGUGUGAGGUCUCACCCCUCUGAUUCAGUUUUUGUGGCCCAGUCAAACGGAGAUUACAUUGCACUAUUCUCUUCAAGUCCCCCUUUCAAGCUAAACAAGUACAAGAGAUAUCAAAGCCAUGGGGUAUCAGGAUUUCCCAUCAAGUGCAAUUUCAGCUUGGAUGGAGAGAGACUUAUCUCUGGCUCUUCAGAUGGUUCUAUAUACUUCUACAACUAUAGAUCAUCCGAGCUAGUGAGGAAAAUCAAAGCUUAUGAGCAAGCAUCAGUUGACAUUGCUGUUCACCCCAUCUUGCCUAAUGUUAUUGCUUCUUGUAGUUGGAACGGUGAGGUGUCGGUGUUCGAGUAAGACUCUUUUAGUUCAUACCCUUUUCAUUGCAAAGGCUAGCAGCCAUCUUCUAAGAACUGAUGAAUGGAAUGAACAUUGAAGGAGAUAAAUGUGAUGUGACUCUUUACUAAAAUUGUAGUAUUAGUAUCAGUUUAUACAACAAUUACAUUUAAUAGUUAAUCAUGUUGUGUUUGUAUAGGCCAAUAGGGCCCUAAUUGUUUUGACACUACUAUAGCUUAAUACACAAUUAGAGAACAAAUGCCAACAUACGCUAAAGAAAUCUGAAUCAACAUUACAAAAUUGUACAUUAGCUGAUAUUUGUUCCAAUAAACUGUAAUAUGUUCUCUUACAGGAUACAAUGCAAAUCACUCAAGCCUUUGUACAAUAGUUAAUGCUUGUUUCCAAUAAACUAAUAUUUUGUUUACUAAA